AUUCGAUGGUAGGGAUACACCAGGUUAAAGCGUCACGCGCUGGGUCUCCCCACUUAUUGUUCGCUCGCCACUGAAUAUCCCCUCUUCGGAAGGGGCCAGCUCCACCACCGAGCAUUCCAUCGGGUGCCACGCUCCGACAGCACGACAGAAGACGCUUGCUCGCCGAGCUAGUCGAGCUCAGACGUUCGUCGUGAGCAGUCGCACUUCGGCGGUAUUUGUUACGAGACUUAGCAAAGAGACUGCACACUUUUUUCAUCACGUUUCCUUCGUAUGUAAUCAUCGACCUCACGUUCGUACCGUGGUUCGAGUAAUUACUCUGUGCGUCGGCGCAACGUGCAAGGCGAAGAGGACACGUCAAGUAGCAGCAGACUGUUGGAUUAUCAGUGAAGUGAUUGACUUGGGUAUACAGUGAUUCCGCGUCGACGAGGAUUAUUCGAUUUGAAGGUCUUCCGGAUUCUGUGAUACGGAAAAUAAAGCAAAUAAUGGUAACCGGAGUGGGUGCCACGAUGCCGACGGGCGGUGUCACCGUCGGCGCCACGCCGCCCGCGCAACACGUGCCUCAAGAGGCUGGUCAGGCUCCGGCGCAAACCACCCCAACUACUACAACGACUACGAGGAGAUCUGGAGAAAAUCGACGGAGCAAUAAACCUAUAAUGGAAAAACGACGUCGAGCCCGUAUUAAUAAUAGUUUGAACGAUCUGAAGACUCUCGUAUUGGAAUCUAUGAAGAAAGACCCGGCACGACACUCCAAGCUCGAGAAGGCUGACAUUCUGGAACUGACCGUGAAGCAUUUGGAGAACCUUCAACGACAGCAAGUCGCCCUGGCCGCCGCGACCGAUCCGAACAUCCUCAACAAAUUCCGUGCCGGUUAUACGGAGUGCGCCGGCGAAGUUGGCAGGUUUCCCGGUCUGGAGACUUCGGUGAAGAGGCGUCUGAUGGCCCACUUGGCAACGUGCCUGGGUCCGGUAGAAGCGAGCAACAAUAACGGCCAAACAACGACAACGACUCAACAGCCUGUUCAGCCGGCGCCUCCGACGACGCAGCUGCAAGUACACAUCCUGCCUCAGGUUGACGCGACUCCGCGGAUCCAGGUCCAGCAAUCCAACGGCAUUUUCUUCACCAAUGCCAACGGCACCGGCCUGCAGCUGGUCCCGACCAGACUGCCGAACGGUGAUAUCGCACUGGUGCUUCCGGCGGGAGCGAAGGCGGCACCGGUCGCGUCAUCGCCCUCAUCGUCGCCGGCGCCAAGCUCACCGUUACCAACCCUGAUUCCGAUCCCUCAAAGAACCGCCAGCACGGCGUCCGCAUCGUCAUCGACCUCGUCCACCAGCUCCACGUCCACAUCGGCGGGGAGCCCGGUGGCGUUCGAGGCACCCCCGGCUUCGUUCCGCGAGCAAUCGACCGCCUACAGCCCAGCCAACAGUCACAGGGAUGUUGCGACCUCCCCGGCGAACGGCUACACCAGCGAUCCGGAGUUUGACCCACGCGUCUACAGCCCUCCUCUCCAGAAACCGCUCGCGCUGGUGAUGAGGAAGAGCGUGGUGCCGCCGGUCGAGGACAAACCGUGGAGACCGUGGUAAAUUAAUUUUUUUUUUUUUUCUUUCCUUAAAUUAAGAACUGAUACGAAGUGACACGUGGACGAUGAAAGUGAUACGAAUUGACAUAUGUCGAUAAUAAUCCGCGGUUAGGAACGCGUUGAUUCGAUGUGCCGAUUUACGCGCCGUAUAAAAAAAAAUCCCGCGGAACGGAAACAUGUUCCUCAAUUAUGUAGAUUGUUGUAGAUACGCGCGGUUCCACAGAGGAGGACACCGCUAAGUUGGAAGGAUCGUUAGAAGACGCGAGUUUAUUUCCGAGUGCGCGUGCACAGUCGGCCAGUAGCCAAUGAGGCAGUGCCUUAUUAAUAGUGCCUUGUAAAUAUGUCGUUAAACUUUAGCGUAUCGGAAACGAGCGCACAUGGUUUUCUUCGCGAUCCCCAUCAGCCCUUUUUCUCUCAUCCUGUCGUCCCGUCCUUUUUUUCACUGAUCCUCUCUGUACAUAAGUUAUACGAAUAUUGUAUUUUAAGUGCCUUACGCAACAAGAAUCACCGAGGUCUUCCAUUCUGUUUCUUGUACGUAAACCGCUAGCCGAUUUGUAGUAUAUCGUUGUAAGUACGAAGAAUGUUUUUAGUUGAUACGACUUUAGGUUUAGCAUUAAAUUAAGGAGUCAGAUGAAUGUGAGAGUGUGCGAGAAUGUAUAUGUGCCGGUAAUUAUAAAAGUGAACUAAGUCAAAAAUUUUGAUGAUUUUUUAUUUCGAGAUAUUUCGACUUUAUAGAUCGAUAUAACACGAAAUAAGCGAUAAAAUUAAUUGAAAAAAAUUUUUUAGCCCACUUUCAUAAUCACCGGCACAUAUAUGUGAGAUUUAAUUGCAAAAGAGUACGUUAUUUAUAUUUAUACGAGUGUAAAGAGGUGACAUUUAUAAUUCCUCUCUUUUACGAGAAUAGACAACCGACGCUUAUUACUGCAAGAACAUUAAAUAAAUGUUAAUCUCUUUCUCAAAACAUAAA